AUGGCAGCUCGGUGUGGGUGUGAGAUUGUGUCAAACCCACUCUCUGUUUCUUGGUUUCAGUCUUUCAGUGAGUUCCAGGCAAACAUGGUUUCCCGGGGAUUUAAUUUAAAUGUUUUAGACUCAAAAUGUUCCUCCUAUGGAAGCCAUUCACAGUUUCUCAUCUUUGGUCUGCUUCUUGUUUACUACUCCUCUCACGCUCAAGCUUCAAGUUACGUGAAUUGCAAGUCGCUGAACAUUUCCUCCAAAUAUCAACACUGUGGGAUUCACACAGAUGGAAUCCAUGAUUUAGAUUGUUUUGGUAAAUAUAUUUUACGUAAUAGUAAAGAGUGUGUGUGGAAACCUGGAAACCACAAGUCAGCAAAGACAUACACACUCAUCAUACAGCAGCAUCCUAAAAGAAAUAAAAGAUAUUGCAGAGCUUACUACAACAUCACCCAAAUCUCUAAAGAGAUCACUUUAGAUGAAAACUAUGACAUGACCGCUGAGGUUUUUGAAAACAGCGAGUCAACAAAUUGCACAAGAGCAGUUUUCAGAGGUUCACCAAAGAGCUUGUUGCGAUGUGGUCCUCCAGCUAGCGUGUCCUUCAGCCGCAAAUCUGGAAGCCUGGUUUUGAAUGUGAGCUGGCAACAAGAGGACAUAAGGGCCGUUAUGAAUUACUCUGUGAGAUAUAAAGCACUGGGUAGCCCGUCAUGGAGUAAGCCACCUCUGCGAUGCCAAAAUGGAGAGAAAUGCAUAGUGAACAAUGUAAUCACCUCACUGGUCUACAUUGUGCAGAUACAGUGUGAAACUAAUAAACAAUGCUCACAGUGUCCGUGGAGUGAAGAGCACACUGUCCCAUCAGAACUGAUCACACAGCCUGUUAUUGUCAGUCUUGAAGAAACUGACAUUGCAGGGAAAAAAGGCAGGCGGCUGCUUUCUUUAGCCUGGAAGUUUCCUGCCAAUGAGCUGUAUGAAGGCUACUAUGUGACGAUAUGGAAGGCGUCAGGAGAGGCAUGUGAGAGUCUGAACACCAUUCAGCCUCAGAUCAGACUGAUUCUCUCCCACUCAGCUUAUCAUGUCAACAUUAGUGCUGUGAACAACGCCAGCACCUCCCCAGCUGUAAGUCGGGUGAUAUUAGAGCGAGAAGACAAGCCCAGUAUGAUAACCGGGAAGCUGAACAUGACAGUCCACAGCAAUAAAUCUUUUACUGUCUCCUGGAAAGAUAAUCUCAUCAAAAGCUAUGUCUGCUAUUCUGUGGAAUGGAUGAAGACGGGAGGAAAAGCAGCCCACAGCUCCUUUCAUCAGAACAAAGAAAACUUGAGGACCUUGUCUCUUUCAGCAGAGCCUUUGCAGCCGUAUGAGAGGUACAGCCUCACUCUGCACACACGGCCACAAAAGCCCCCCUGCAACAUGAAGCAUGUCAACAACAGCGAGAGCACCUAUGGGAGGACACAGUUCUACUUCAUUGAGGGAUCUCCUGUCAGCGCUCCCAACAUCAGCAGCGACAAUGUGACUCUGAACUCAGUGGUGCUGCAGUGGUCCUCUAUCCCGGAGGAAGACAUCAGAGGCUUUUUACUCGGUUACGUAAUCUACUACACUGAGUAUCACCACAGAGGGACAACUACAGAGAGAAAUAUCACAGUAGAUCCAACAUUAAACAGCUAUAAACUGAGGGAUCUUAAAGGCGGCACAGCAUACGAAGCCCAGAUAUCUGGUUUCACCCUGGCAGGAUCAGGAGUACGGAGCAAAGCAUGUCUCUUUAAAACCGAUUAUCAAGGGUUUUCUAACCUCAGUGGUGUCAUCACAGUCUUUGCAGUUGUGGCCGCUGUGCUGAUAUUUGGAUCUCCGAUGAUAAAAAGAGCAAAAGUCAUUCUGUGGCCAAGCAUACCUAACCCUGGAAACAGCAAUGCAAUGCAGAAAAUAGACCGACCCUGUGAAUUGGAACUACUAGAGUCCAUUAAUGCUCUAAAAGUGGAAGAAUGGGACACAAACAGCCUUCAGAUAGUGGAAAAAGAAGAUGUGAUCCCUGUGAGCACAUUACCAUCAAUGCUGCCGCUUCUCCACGCCUCAGAAGAUGAGGAAGAUUCACCAGAAAUUAUCUGUAACUGGAUCCAAACAGACACAGAGGACGCAGCUGGAGAUAUUUCACCUGACAUCACUGCAGAAACAUUCUCAGACGUCCAACAGACAAAGCCUCAGAGCUCUGCCGUCAUUUUUUCAAGUGAUUAUACAACGAUGGAAAUGUUUCAGCAGGGGAUGCCUCAGGGCGUGCCGGUGAAUAUGGCAGUUACCCAAGCCGUGGAAAACAAACCAGAGGACACAGACUUGACUGUGGUAAAAUCAAGAUUAGACUAUAUAAGGCAAUUUAGUACCAGUCCGAUCAUGGACGGCAGUUUGGAAAGGACAGUGUUUGAAUCACACUGACUGGGUGUUAUACUGUUUCACUUGUAGUUGCAGGUCAACAGCAUGUAUUCAUUUAGUCUUAAACCAUCAAUAACAAUACUACAAGUACAGUUUUUAACUCUACAUUACCACUUUAAGAGCCACGCUGCCAGCAGGGCUAAAAUAAGAAUUACUGCCGGAAAUGUAAUGCUUCCUCCAUGUUGCAGUUAAUAUGCAUGUCUGCAGCAGAUGUACAGUCAUGGCCAGAAAUAUUGGCACACCUGCACUUCUGCCAGAUAAUGCACCACUUCUCCCAGACAAUUGUUCCAAUUACAAAUGCUUUCGUAUUCAUAUGUUUAUUGCUUUUGUUUGCAUUGGAACAACACAAAAAAGCAGAGAAAAGAGGCAAUUCUGAUAUCAUUCUACACAUUCAUGUAGCCUGGGCAGUAGACAAAGCUUCACAUGUGGACUUUGCUACAUAAGAAUGACAAAUAGCAAAGACAUCUUCAACCCAGCCGCACAGAUCUAUCAAUUACCACAGUUCAAGGAGGGCCAUGAAUCCUGUACAGAUAAUGCACUUUUUACAACUAAAACACAGAUUAAAUUUGUUUCACUUCUAGCAGUUCCGAUGCAGGAAAAUCCUCAUUGGGUAGCAAUAGUUUUCUUACUUUAGUGAUCAAAAAAUAAAUUCUGAGUCCAAGAUUUAGAAAUAAAUAAUUUUUGAUCAACCCAUAUUUAUUUCAGCUUUAAAUUAUCAACCUAUAGUAAGGUCUAAUUACAGAAAGACCUGCAGAUAAUGGUCACUGCACUCAAAAUUAGUCUCACCAAUUUACUCAUUCAUUAUCCAGAACCGCCUAUCUGAACUGGGGUCGUAGGGGGUCUGGAGCCAAUCCCAACUGGCAUUGGGGGAGAGGGGGGUACACCCUGGACAGGUCGCUGAACUAUCCAUUUAUGUUUUAAAAUUUUAGUGUCAAUUAACCUGCCUGUCUUUGAAUUGGGGUAGAAAGCCGGAGAACCCAGAGAAAACCCACGCUGACACAGGAAGAACAUGCAAACUGUAGUACAUCACCUAAUCAGUAGGCUAGCAAAUGUAAAAUAGGGUCAGAAUCUCUCUUCUGUUCCUAAGUUAUGGUGUUGAAUAACAGAUAGGAAAGUGUUUUUGCAGAACCUUAGGAUGCUAUGUUGAAUCUGACCAUCACUUCAUCAUCCUCGCCUAUUAUAUAUUUAUGUGAACUUUUGUUGUAAUUGGGCUGUAGCUGUCACAGAGGCAAAACAAUCCUACAAAUUAAGGUUCAGAGGCAGUCACGUUAAA